CGGACAGGCAGACAGACAGAGUAAGUGAGCGAGCGAGCGAGCGACGGCCUGGUGCACUUCCAGGGGCCUCAGGCACGAGGGACGGAGCAAAACAGCAGAGACUGAACCUGCAUGAAGAUUUUUUCCAAAGAGAGCGAUAAGUGUUCUUAUUGUUGAGGAAGAACUUGGGGAAGGCUAGAGCCUGUAUGGUGUGGCAACCAUGUCUGGAAUUGGCAAUAAGCGGGCAGCUGGAGAGCCUGGCCCCUCUGCACCUCCAGAGAAGAAGGCAGGGGUUGAAGACUCGGGGACCACAGUGGAGACCAUUAAGCUUGGUGGCGUUUCCUCAACGGAGGAGUUGGACAUCCGGACCCUACAGGCCAAGAACCGGAAGCUGGCAGAGAUGCUGGACCAGCGUCAAGCAAUUGAGGACGAGCUGCGGGAGCACAUUGAGAAGCUGGAGCGUCGGCAGGCCACUGAUGAUGCCUCUCUGCUGAUUAUCAAUCGAUACUGGAAUCAGUUUGAUGAAAACAUCCGCAUCAUCCUUAAGCGCUUUGACCUGGACCAAAGUCUUGGAGACCUUCUGUCUGAAAGAAAAGCACUGGUGGUACCAGAACCUGAACCAGACUCGGACAGUAAUCAGGAGCGCAAAGAUGAGAGGGAAAGAGGUGAGGGACUGGAGCCAGCAUUCUCCUUCCUGGCCACUUUAGCCAGCAGCACUAGUGAGGAGAUAGAAUCUCAGCUGCAGGAGCGUGUGGAGUCCUCCCGCCGGGCUGUUGCCCAGAUUGUGACCAUGUAUGACAAGCUGCAGGAGAAAGUGGAUGUGCUGUCCCACAAGCUGAAUAGUGGAGAUAUUUCACUGAUGGAAGAAGCAGUCCUGGAACUUAAUACCUACCUCUCACAUGAGAAUGGACGGUUGCAGGAGCUGGCUGAUCUUCUUCAGGAGAAGCACCGAAUCAUGUCUCAGGAGUUCUCCAAGCUGCAAGAGAGAGUGGAGACAGCAGAAUCUCGGGUCUCUGUUCUGGAGACUAUGAUUGAUGACCUUCAGUGGGAUAUUGACAAGAUACGAAAGAGGGAGCAGAGGCUCAACCGGCACCUGGCAGAUGUUCUGGAACGAGUAAAUUCCAAAGGCUACAAGGUCUAUGGAGCUGGGAGCAGCCUUUAUGGAGGCACCAUCACCAUUAAUGCCCGCAAGUUUGAAGAGAUGAAUGCAGAGCUAGAAGAGAAUAAAGAGCUUGCUGGAAAUCGCCUCAAUGAGUUGGAGGAACUACGCCAGGAUCUUGCAGAAGUAACAACACAGAAUGAAAAACUCAAGGUUGAGUUGCGACGAGCAGUGGAAGAAGCUGUGAAGGAGACCCCAGAAUAUCGCUGCAUGCAGUCCCAGUUUUCUGUUUUGUACAACGAGAGUCUCCAGCUGAAGGCACACCUGGAUGAGGCCCGCACUCUGCUUCACGGCACCCGUACCACACACCAGCGCCAAGUGGAGCUGAUUGAGAGGGAUGAGGUCAGCCUGCACAAGAAACUGCGCACAGAAGUGAUUCAGUUAGAGGACACCCUGGCACAAGUCCGCAAAGAAUAUGAGAUGCUGAGGAUAGAGUUUGAACAGACACUGGCUGCCAAUGAACAAGCAGGCCCAAUUAAUCGGGAGAUGCGUCAUCUUAUCAGCAGCCUCCAAAAUCACAACCACCAGCUGAAGGGAGAGGUGUUAAGAUACAAACGCAAACUAAGAGAGGCCCAAUCUGACUUGAGCAAGAUCCGCUCUCGCAGUGGUAGUGCUAUCUUACAGUCCCAGUCCAGCACUGAAGACACCAAGGAGGAACCUCCAGAGAUAAAACAAGAACCUGAUGAUCCUUCUGCCCAAGCACCUGCCCCCAAGGCUGCUGCUGAAGAUGUUAAUGAAAUGAAGGCCAGAAGAGAUGAAGAGGAACGUGAGCGUGAGAGACGGGAGAGGGAGAGGGAACGAGAGAAGGAAAAAGAGAGAGAGAGAGAGCGAGAGAAAGAGAAAGAAAAGGAAAAGGAAAGAGAGCGGGAAAAGCAGAAGCAAAAAGAAUCUGAGAAGGAGAGAGAGCCCAAAGAGAAGGAGAAAGGGAAACAUGAGGAUGGAAGGAAGAAGGAAGCUGAAGUGAUCAAGCAGCUGAAGGCUGAGCUCAAGAAAGCCCAGGAGAGCCAGAAGGAGAUGAAGCUGUUGCUAGAUAUGUACCGCUCUGCCCCCAAAGAACAGAGGGACAAGGUACAGCUGAUGGCAGCUGAGAAGAAGGCAAAAGCUGAGCUGGAAGAACUGAGGCAGAGGGUGAAAGAACUGGAGGACAAAGAGAAAAAGGAGAGUAAAAAGAUGGCUGAUGAGGAUGCCCUCCGCAAGAUCCGAGCAGUGGAGGAACAAAUUGAGUAUUUACAGAAGAAACUAGCCAUGGCUAAACAGGAAGAGGAGGCCCUGCUGUCAGAAAUGGAUGUCACAGGCCAAGCCUUUGAAGACAUGCAGGAGCAGAAUAUCCGCCUCAUGCAGCAGUUGCGGGAGAAGGAUGAUGCCAACUUCAAGCUGAUGUCAGAACGCAUCAAGUCCAAUCAGAUCCAUAAGCUGCUGAAAGAGGAGAAGGAGGAGCUGGCAGACCAAGUUUUGACACUGAAGACACAGGUGGAUGCCCAGCUGCAGGUUGUACGUAAGCUGGAGGAGAAGGAGCACUUACUGCAAAGCAGUAUUGGAACAGGAGAGAAAGAACUUGGUCUCAGAACACAGGCCCUGGAAAUGAACAAACGCAAGGCCAUGGAUGCAGCCCAGCUUGCAGAUGAUCUGAAAGCCCAGCUAGAGCUGGCUCAAAAGAAGUUACAUGACUUCCAGGAUGAGAUUGUGGAAAACAGAGUAACUAGAGAGAAAGAAAUGUUCAACUUCAAAAGGGCUGAGGAAGAUAUUUCUAGGUUACGCAGGAAGCUGGAGACCACUAAGAAGCCUGACAUGGUUCCCAACUGUGAUGAGAUACUGAUGGAGGAAAUUAAGGAUUACAAGGCCCGCCUGACCUGCCCGUGCUGUAACAUGCGCAAAAAGGAUGCUGUGCUCACCAAGUGCUUUCAUGUCUUCUGUUUUGAGUGUGUGAAAACACGCUACGACACCCGGCAGCGCAAGUGCCCCAAGUGCAAUGCUGCCUUUGGUGCCAACGACUUCCAUCGGAUAUACAUUGGUUGAUUCUUUUCACUGGAGUGACAGAAAGUAGUUGCUUAUGUUGGCCACCCAGCUUCCCUCACCUCCUGUGGUUGUCACCCUUGGGGCAAGUUAGUGCUUCUGUCAGCUGAUCUGCUGUUCUCUUCUGGGAAGUGUAGUUAGGGAAUGGAAAGAGAAAGGUUCUAUUUCUCAGUUCCUUUUGUGUCUCUUUUCUUUUAUUCUUACUCUCGUUUUUUGCGGGUUCUUUGUUCCUGAGAGGACAUUUUCCAUCCAUCACUUUAAGACUGCUGAGUUGGGAACAUCGAACUGAAGUUCUGUCUUGAUGGGAUGGAAGCCAUCUUCAGUGCAGCGGAGAAAAAUGAGGCCUUUAUUUGAGGAAUUUGCUUUGGAUGUUAAUUUUUAAAUGACAUCAGGGUAUGGUAGUGUUUCGUAGGGUGAAUAGCUUAGCAAAUAAAGGUUCAAAAACCAAAUUAACAGAUAUAUCUGUAGCCUUCAGUGGAGUGACUCCUUCGGCGUGUAUAUUCUUGAGUCAGGAAAAGAAUCUGUGAAGGCUGGUGCAGGGACAUCAUCAAACAUCCUCUGUACUCCCAAAAGCAGACAUGUGUCUUAGUAUCCAGAUGAGGAGAAAGGAGAAUGGUGAAGAAUCUUUGAAAAUAGCAUUCCACUGAUGGACCCUGUUUGAUAUAGAUAACUUCCCGUGUGUUGUAUUAAGGCAUGGGCCCAGAUUCACUGAGACAAUCUGAAUCAAAGUUUAUUAACUUGAAAGCUUCAUUUUAUAGCCAAACCUCCCCCCAAACCCUCUCCUGAAUUUUCUCUUAUUGGAAAGUUCCAAGAAAUCUGUGGAAGAAUACUACUUCUGUAUAGACAAAAUUACUGUUCUUAUCAGCACAAAGCAUGUCUGCUCUCUUUAUCAAGUGUAGCCCAGCUUCUCUCCCAUGAUUCUUUUUAGGGAGCAAAGGAUCAUUACUUCUGCUCCAAGGUCUUUGCGGAGUUGUCAUUCUUAUAACAUCUUCACCAAUUCCCACAUCUCCCCCUUUGUUUUUGCAAGUUUGUCAGCAUCACCUGCUUGAGGGCCCGGGUGUUGCAUUUGCAUAAGUUUAACUAUACAUGGGAUACAAACUAAAAGACAAAUAAAAAUCAAUAACAUAGAACCUCCUAACCCUAAUCUUUUUUGACCAAGUUCUUAAAUUAGGAAACAACCUCCAAAAGGGUUCCAGUCAUCUUCAACCUUAAAUUUUUAUGUCAGGUCUUUAAUGUUUGAAUACUUAUAUGCACCAAUUCAGAAUGAUCAGAGGGGUUCAUACAGCAUAAGCCAUCGAAAUCCUCACAGCCAUGCCUGUGGGCAAGGAGUAAAAAAAUCAAUGGCUGUACGAUUUUAUAAAGCAGCAUGUCUCACUGAAUCUACAUGAAGCAACAAAGCAGAGAGUUAGAUGUUGUAUUUAGUUUUCUUGGCAAGCCAACAGCCCAAGUUGAUUUAGAGUUGUUAGAGCUUGUGCAGCAAGCAACUCCAGGAGCAAAAAGAGAAGCAAUGAUAACGUCAGCAGGGUUCCAAAAUGUAUCCUUACAAGUCAGCCUGAAAAGUGUGGAAAGAUAGCCUUGCCCUGUGGAAAUGGUGAAUUUGUGUAUAGUUUAAACGCAUAAAAAUUUCUGGUUUUAAUAGAGUCAAAUGACCCAAGCUGCAAGGUCCUCCUUUCAGAUGAGAAGAAAUAUAAGGCCACACACAGUCACUGGAGAAAGAUCCUUCUGGGUAAAGCAAUAGGGGUGUUUAGAAGAGUGAGAAAUUUUUUUGAAGUAUAGUUCCACCAUGCAGUUGCAUUCUGUGUGCAAGCAACAGUGAGUUAACAUUCUGAACUAAGAAUUGAUCUUUGCCUGUAUAAUUAAAAAAA